AUGGAGAAAAAAAGCCUCAUAGGUGCCGGUGGUUUUGGCUUUGUGUAUUUGGGAGUAUUUGCUAAACGAAAGGUUGCCAUCAAAAUCUUGGACAAGAUUUUUUUCAAACUUGCUCUAACUGGGAUCACUCUACCAAGGCGGGUGACGUACGCCCAUUUGCUGUCUUACGCCCUGGACUACGCGCACCUCAUCCAUCUUGACAUUUAACUUGCAAAUCUCCUUUUUACGCUAGAAGACAGGUGUAAACUGGGUUACUUUGGCUGUUGUCAGAGAGUGGAAUCGGAAACGGGUACCGUCAGUCCCACCAACCGAUCCACACUGAGUGGAACUGUGGCCUACAGAGCACCGGAGGUCCUCCGCGGUAAGUCGCCGACCUUCAAAGCCUAUGUGUACUCCGUCGAUAUUACUUUGUGGCGGCUGUGA